GCCCCGGGCCCUGUAAUUAACGCAGCCAGUGGAGACUGAAAAACAGCCGGAUGAAAAGGCUUCUCAUCACUGCAGCAUCCAACUGUUUCCUUUGCCACUGGCUGCCACACAACCCCAAAGCAACAGACUGCAGAAGUGGCUGUGUCACUGACUUGUGUCAUGCUGGUGCUACUGGUGAGGAGGCUGAGUGGGAGGGGAUAUGCAGAUGGUCCCAGUGGAGCCCUAUUAGUGGCGUGUGUAGUCCGCCAAACUCACAGUGGACUGUUGUCACCCUGACAGAGUUUACCACACCCAGAGCCAGCGUCAGCAUUCACAAGGUGACACUGUGCUUUGUAGCACGACCACAGACUGAAGUCUUUUUGCUAAUGUUAAAAAAAAUUGUGUUUUUUGAGUAUUCUUGUUUUGUCACAGGGCUGAUGAUUCAUUCAUUUCCAUAUCAAGUGAACGAAGUGGAGCAUUUAGGGCAUUACUUGCCCUUGAUGGAGGAAUAAUCUCUUCUUCUGUGGGAUCACCUUUACGUCAGUUUGAAGACUUUGUUCACUAAGCUUUGACGUGUGGAUAUUCAGGAAUGCAUUUUGUGAUGGCUCCGAGUCCUUUUUUGUUCAUGGCUCUAUUUUUGUCACUGGUUGAAACCAAGUUCUACAGACCAUUCCACUUUAACCAGUAUAAUGCUGGGCUCAGUCAAAACCAGGACCAAAGGAAACCCACUAGCAGACACAAGAACCACUGUGCAUAUGUUGUCGAGAAGACAGUUUCCUUCACUGUGCAGGAUGGGGCAGCCCCUUAUGUAAAAGCUGAGUACAACAGGUGUUCCUGGAAUACAAAAUGUCCAACUCUGCUGUAUCGUCAGCUGUACAAACCAGUCUACAAGGUGGCACAUAAAAUGGUCACAGAGCUUGAGUGGCGUUGUUGCCCUGGGUACUCUGGAUAUGACUGUAUGGAAGGACCAAGACUUUACCCCAUGAAAAUGCUGCCACCAUUCAAGGGCCCACCAAUAAAAGGUCCACAGUUUAAGGGCCCACAAUACAAACGCCCCAUGCUUAAAGGUCCCAUGUUCAAGGCUCAACCAGUUAACCCAGAUGUGAAAGCCAACCCAUGGAGUCAACCCACUAGCAGUUUUAACACAUACCCAUUGCAUUACUUUGGGCCUCCAAGGUCCUCCUCCUACUCAGAUGUGUCCUUUGAGCCUUAUCCGUCUGAGCUAGAUGCAAUGCCAGACCACCAGGAGCCACCCCGCACUGAGCACAACCAGGAACAUGAGCAAAGUCAAGGACCAGAGGAACAAAUGCCAGAGGAAAUCCAUCCUCCAUUCUCUGGUGGGGAACAGCGUGAGGUUGAGACCACAGGUCAGGCUCUAAAUAGUGAGACAGAGGAACGAAUAUAUCAAAUAGAGGAGGAUGUACGACAUCUAAACCAGGGUCUGGAGACCCUGAGGGGAACUGUGAAUGGACUGGAGGAGAGUCUUCGAGCCUCACUGAAAGAAGAUGCCAACAGGAUGCUGUCAGCUCUACUCUCUGCUGCCCCUGGUCCUCUUCCCGCUCCAGCUGUAGUCUCUAGUCCAUCCGCUGUAGGGUUUGUAGAGAUUCCUAUGGGACACCCUGAGAUGGAGAGCCUAGAUGGCAGACAUGUCUUUCCAAGUCUUUCAGAACUGAAUGGAAGGGUAGAAGAGCUCAGGUCAGAGCUGCAAGCCAAGACUGCCGAGCUGCAGGACCUCAAAGCAGCAGUGACAGGACAUGAUGGAGCUCUGAAGAAGAUGCUGCAUAAAGAGGGAGGGGCAUCGCCUGCCACUGGGUUUGGCCAAAGUGCUAUAGAAAAACUGAUGGAUGCCAGACUGAAUGCAGCCAGGACAGAAAUUCUUGGUGGGUUUGAGAAGCGCAUGGAGAGUGCCGAGGACCGAUGUGAGGAGAGAGCUGGGGAUGUGCAUCGUCAGUGCCAGAGGGAGCAAGGUGAGAGGCAGGAGCAGAUGGAAGAUGCUCUGCAGGAAAGUACCACUGACUUGAGAACACAGCUGCGAAACCUCCAGGCACAGCUCCGUGAUUUAGAGACUACAGAGACCUGCUGUGGUAGAGUGAGCGGACUAGUUGAAAGGGUGCAGCUGUUAGAAACAUCAGUGGCAGGCCUCAACCAGUCCCAGGGACACCUGAGAGUGGAACUGGGUAGGCACAAGGACCACAUAGAGGGAAUGUUGGCGGGGCGUCUGGAUUAUGUAGAGGCCAAGCUGAACCUGACUGGGCAAACAGGACCGAGCCUGGAGGCCAGAAUAGAUGAGAAACUAAGGGUUCUGGAGGGCCGCUUACUGAUGGCUUUGGAGGAGCUAGGAAAUGCCAGUGUCCCCUCGCUGCUGGAGGGUCAUGCUGUUCCCACUUUGGAGACACAGCUGGAGUCUCUCCGAGGGAAACUAGAGGUGGAUGUGGACAGAGUGCAAAAGCAUCUGAACAGCCUUGAGAUUCUCUGCUCUUCUUCCCGUUCUACAACUCAAAAUCUAUCUGCCACCCAGGCAGACUGGGCUGGGCCAAGUGCUAACCUGGCAGAGGAGCAGAUUGUGAAGGAGGCACUGGAUGUGCAAGAUGACCGUUUGAACAGCCUCAAUGUCACACUGCAGAACAUCCUGAGACGCCUGACCCUCAGGGAACAGCAGGAGGCAACAGAAGGAGAACUCAAAUUUCUCAAGUUUAAUGUCACCUCAACUGAUCACAUGUUAAGGGGCCUCCAGGACUCCGUGAGGAAAGCUGUCCACCAGGUGGGUCAAGCCAACAGCACCUGGCAUGAGAGAGAAGCUCGUCUGGCCCAGCAGAUAAAGGGUGUGGUCCAGCUGGUUGGGCAUCAGGCUUUCAUGCUCGGGGCAGGUGAGCGCAGAAUGACCCGACUUAGGGGUGAGCUGCAGGAGAUGAAAAGGCAGCUAGCAGAGGAGGUUCGGGUCUGCCGGAGCACAGCUAUGGGGGUCCAGAAAGAGGUAACCAAGGUUGGGGGGCGAGUUGCCAGUGUGGAGGAUCAGUGUAAGGGCCUAAAUUACUUGGCAGAGGACCUGGAACGAAUCAGAGAGGAGUUGGAGAGACAAUCAAGCGGGUUUCUUCUGCAAGUAAAUGGCACUCUCUCCAGCCAUGCUCAGCAGCUGACAGAACUGAGAGGAGAACUCAGAAACUGCACCUCCAAAGUAGAGCCAACACAACAGAGUUUAGAGCGGGAGGCAGAGCCAAGACGAGGGGACACCUUCUCUUUGAAUUAAUUCAAUUUAUAAGGACAGUAUUUUUUUUUAAAAGGUGAAAAGUAAAAAAAAACUCCAUCUUAUUAUUUGAAUUGUAAAAUACAAAGGUUUUAAACCUGCACUGAAAUAAAGAUGGUUCUCGUGAGCUUACAGUACGAAAUGAAAAUGGCAGCUACAUACAACUGCACUCAACACAGAAUCUUGAAACUAUAUGAUAAAGGUGCUAAGAUGAAAUGUUUGUUGUAAUGGUCCUUUAUUUAGAACAUCAGUGAUUGACUGCAAAGCUUACAAAAAUGUUUAUAUGAACAGCUGUUUAACAAUGUUUACAUGUUUUAUUGAGCUGAUUUUCUUUGUCUAGACUGAAAGUACCAAGAUAUUAUGUUUUAU